CCGCCGCCAUUGUGGCGCUCGGAGCCCCUCAACGCAGGCGGCGCAGGCGGAGGCCGUGGCGGCGGGAUGGCCGACGCCGACAAGCCCGAGGUGCUUAGGGCAGCUGGCAACGACAGCCCGCAUCGGCAGCCCGCGGAGCCGCCCGGCGAGCCCCGGCGAGAACCUCACCCGCCCGAGCAGGAGAAGCAACCGCCGCAGCACAGCAGCAGCUCCAAUGGCGUUAAAAUGGAGAAUGAUGAAUCGGUCAAAGAAGAGAAAUCUGAAUUAAAAGAAAAAUCUACAGGAAAUAAGAAAGCCAACAGAUUUCAUCCUUAUUCAAAAGAUAAGAACUCAGGCACUGGAGAAAAGAAGGGUCCAAAUCGUAACAGAGUUUUUAUUAGCAACAUCCCAUAUGACAUGAAAUGGCAAGCCAUUAAAGAUCUAAUGAGAGAAAAAGUUGGUGAGGUUACAUACGUGGAGCUCUUUAAGGAUGCGGAAGGAAAAUCAAGGGGUUGUGGUGUGGUUGAAUUCAAAGAUGAAGAAUUUGUCAAGAAAGCACUAGAAACUAUGAACAAAUAUGAUCUUAGCGGAAGACCCUUGAAUAUCAAAGAGGAUCCUGAUGGAGAAAAUGCUCGUAGGGCACUGCAACGAACAGGAGGAUCAUUUCCAGGAGGACAUGUACCCGACAUGGGAUCGGGAUUGAUGAAUUUACCACCUUCCAUUCUCAAUAAUCCAAACAUUCCUCCUGAGGUUAUCAGUAAUUUGCAGGCUGGUAGACUUGGUUCCACAAUUUUUGUUGCUAAUCUUGACUUCAAAGUUGGUUGGAAGAAGCUAAAGGAAGUGUUCAGCAUAGCUGGAACUGUAAAGCGGGCAGAUAUUAAAGAAGACAAAGAUGGCAAGAGCAGAGGAAUGGGCACAGUCACUUUUGAACAAGCAAUUGAAGCAGUUCAAGCAAUUUCUAUGUUCAAUGGGCAGUUUUUGUUUGAUAGACCUAUGCAUGUGAAAAUGGAUGACAAGUCUGUCCCUCAUGAAGACUUCCGUUCACAUGAUAGUAAAACACCACAAUUACCACGUGGUCUUGGAGGCAUUGGAAUGGGACUUGGUCCAGGUGGACAGCCUAUUAGUGCCAGCCAGUUGAACAUAGGUGGUGUAAUGGGGAAUUUAGGUCCAAGUGGUAUGGGAAUGGAUGGUCCAGGUUUUGGAGGAAUGAAUAGAAUUGGAGGAGGAAUUGGGUUUGGUGGUCUGGAAGCAAUGAGUAGCAUGGGAGGAUUUGGAGGAGUUGGUCGAAUGGGAGAGCUAUACCGUGGUGCGAUGACUAGUAGCAUGGAGAGAGAUUUUGGACGUGGUGAUAUUGGAAUAAAUCGAGGCUUUGGAGAUUCCUUUGGUAGACUUGGCAGUGCAAUGAUUGGAGGGUUUGCAGGAAGAAUAGGAGCUUCUAACAUGGGUCCAGUAGGAUCUGGAAUAAGUGGUGGAAUGGGUGGCAUGAACAGUGUGACUGGAGGAAUGGGGAUGGGACUGGAUCGGAUGAGUUCCAGCUUUGAUAGAAUGGGACCAGGUAUAGGAGCUAUACUGGAAAGGAGCAUCGAUAUGGAUCGAGGAUUUUUAUCAGGUCCUAUGGGAAGCGGAAUGAGAGACAGAAUAGGCUCCAAAGGCAACCAGAUAUUUGUCAGAAAUCUGCCUUUUGACUUGACUUGGCAGAAACUAAAAGAGAAAUUCAGUCAGUGUGGUCAUGUAAUGUUUGCAGAAAUAAAAAUGGAGAAUGGAAAGUCAAAAGGCUGUGGAACGGUCAGAUUUGACUCCCCAGAAUCAGCUGAAAAAGCCUGCAGAAUAAUGAAUGGCAUAAAAAUCAGUGGCAGAGAAAUUGAUGUUCGCUUGGAUCGUAAUGCAUAAUUUGAAACCACGGUUGGAACAUUCUUACAUCUGUUUUGCUGAAUCUCCUAGUAAAAGUCAUUUUUUUAAGUAAUACUGUAUGCUUACAAAAGUUGUAAAGAUGAACUUUUAAAACUCCCACCAGCUUUUAACAGUAUAGUGUUAAUAUACUGUGAUUUUUGUUAAUCUCAAGUUUGGAUUUUUAAAGACAGCAAGUCUGGUCAUUCAGUUUAAAUGAAUGGUUAUACUAUUUUUAAUGAAAUAAGCCAUUUUCUUGUUAUUUUCAGUUCUGCAUAGUGGGAUUUGUUUGUUCAAGUGUCCCCAGCUUUUAUCAACUUAUUGUAAGGUAAAACAUAGAUGGUUUUUUCAAAACUUCUGUUUAAUACAUGUAAUUGUCCUUGAAAAGAAAGGGCUCAGACAAAUUAGGAUAUGAUUUUGGUUGGUUUUAAAUUUUUCUUGGUGAUAAAGAAUUACUGUAAGUAAGUUUUAGAUUCUAAAGUUCAGAAUAUUUUUUAUUUGACUUAAAUGGAGAAAUGGAGUUUUCCUUCUCUGCCCUUCCCCAUCAUUCACAUUUUCCACAUAACAUUAACCACCACAGCCCCUUAUUUUAUUAUUUCCAAUAAUUCCAAGUUCAUACAGAACUGAUAAUGUUGCAAGCCCCAAGUAUAAUAAUAGGCAGACUAGUCCCAACUUUCUGUCUAGUUUCCAGCCAUUAAGGUGAACUGCUAAGAGAAGAAAAAUAAUUGAAAUGUUGAGAAAGAUGGUUAUGUAAGUUAGUCCUCUACUGUUCACUUCUACAGGAGCAGAUGCAUUUAUAAAUGCAGUUUUAAUAAACCAUGGAACUCCUAGGCACAACAUAUCGAACACAUUGGAUCCCACGAUGUUAGACAUAGCCAUAUCUCCUUUGCCUGUAAAAAAAAAAAAGCAUGUUGUUAAAAUAUGCACACCAAUACUGUAUUUUAUUAAUAAGCUUCAUAAGAAAAAACACUGGAUACUUUCUCUGUUUGUUUUGGAAAAUUGUUGUAUUAGAGGAAAAGUCUUAAUGAAUUUGUAUUUUUAAAUUUUGGGGGGUUAGUAUUUAAAGUCUUAACAUUUAUUUAUCUAAUAAUAAUUAUCUUUAUUUAUUAAACCAUUUUUCAAUAAGGUAUGUAGAUUACUUGUUGCUUUUCAUUCUAACAUGGUUAUGAUUUAAUGCACAUUUCAGAUGAAUAUUACUUGGGCGAUUAGAUUUAGUGAAAUUAAUCUGCUAUUAAAUAGUAAAUCCUUCCUCUGAGUCACUCCUUUUUUUUUCUUCAAAGUAUGUUACUGAGGAAAUAAAUAUUUUAAAGUUACCUUUGCUCAGUGUAUUUCAGCCAGGCUUUUAAGAAGGGCACUGCAGCUUGAGGGACCUACUUCUUACCUUUUCUUGCAACCAACACACUUGCAAUCGUGUCUGGUAUGCUUGUUCCUGCUGCUAAUAAAGUAAGGCCCAUUACUGUAUCUGGAAUUUCUAAUGUUUCCCCUGAAAUAAACAUAGAUAUUACAAGUUACAAAUCUUAUAGAUUCGCUAACUGUUCUCUGCAGAUAUUUCAGAUAUUUCUUUCCUGAAAAAGAAAAUAGGCAUAUUUAGAUUUCAGAACCAAUAUGUAUUUACUUAGAUUUUAGCUACCAAAAUAUUUGAAUAAUAUUGGUGAAUUGGUAACCCAGGUAGCACAGAUUUUUAAUGACAGAUAUCGAUAUUUAAUACACAAAAUUCUACCAAGGAGUAAUUUCCUUGCCUGGUAUGCUUACAGAAGUUUUGGCUGUCCACUGUUGUCAAGGCUGUUGCUUAAAAUAUGCUAACGAGAUUGGUCAUUUUCUCUUUUCCCUUUUAAAAACAUUUGCUAAAGAGGUCAGAUUUAAGCAAAUUAUUUGUGGCUGUUUUUAAGCUGUACAUGUGUUAACACGGUAUGCGUUUUUAAAUUCCUACUUUAGUGACAGACCUUAGUUUAGUGUUUUCUUUGGGAAAUCAUAAAUCUGAGGAAAACAGAAUAGGAUUCGGCUUGAGUCUUUCUAACUUUAUGGUCCCAGUUUAAUACUUGUGUUAAGUCUGAUGUCAGUUCAACAUUUUUCAUAAAUGUAUUCAUUUUGGGAAACAGAACUAGAGGGAAGUUUUAAAAAAAAAAGUAAUUGUAACUGCUCUUAAUAUUGUAAUUGAAAACUUACUUUAGAAUUUUUUUUUCUUAAAAUGUUAAUUAGAAGAACUUCAAGUAGCAUAUUUAUUGCAUGCUUAUAUAUUGAUACUGGAAUUGUAAUUGGUUGUUAAUUUUGUUACUGGUUUGCCAGAGUUCAUAUGUACAUAAAUAACGCUAAUAUUUAUCAUCUUGGGGACUGUUCUAUGAUCUAGUACUUCAUUUUGUUCUUUUCUUGCUUUCCUAAUGUCAAAUGUGAUCUGUCUGAGAAAAUUUAGAGUUUUAAUAUGCAAGCUAUUGGACUUUUUCAUCUUACUCUUAAAAAAAAGUAAAAGAAAAAGAAAUAGAAUAGCAUACUAUUCUAAGUCAUAUAUUAAUUUGAGAAAAGUCAGAGGUCAGCAAAUUUUUUUCGAAAGGGUGAGAUAGUAAUUAUUUUAGGCUUUGCAGGCUAUAUGAUCUCUGUUGCAGUUAUUCAGCUCUGCCAGUGUAAUGUGAAAGCAUCCAUAGAUAAUAUAUAAAUUGAUGGGCAUGACUGUGUCCAGUAAAACUUAACUCUCAAAAGGAGACUCAGUGAUUUGGGCACACAGGUGGUGGUUUGCUCACCUAUGAUAUAAGUCCAUUCAGCUUAACCUUUCUGGGAGAAAUUCCUGAUUUUUUUGUUCAUUGUUUAUAUUCAGUUUUUCCUUCUGGACUAGGAGUUCUGUGGGACUAGAGCUACUUAUGACCAAGCAGUAAUAGUUAAAUCUUAAUCAUGAAGGUAGUAGAAACCUAAAAUGAAACUUUAUUUUGUACCCUUUUUAUUCAUUUCAUACUACGUUUAUAUUCCCAUAUUAAAAAGCAAAAUAAAAUGUAAUCCAGUUAAACAGUGAGUACCCAUCGUUUUCUCAAAACACUGGCACCUUGCUAUAUUUUUUAUUAUGGAAUGGAAUUCAAUAUAAAGACUAUAUUGUGCACCCAUGCAAUGUGAUUUAAUUAUUAGCAUAAUAGAAAGACAUUCUGUGAAUUUGAUUUCAUUUAUAACAUGUACAUUCCUUUGACUUGUACCCCUGGGCUGUAUAUAACAGUGAGAAUAUAGUUGACAUGUGAUAUACAACUCACAAAACCUGAAUGAGCUUGUUGGUGUAUUAAUAUUUAAUCUUUCUGUAAAUAGCACUAAUCUUUAGUCUUUACUGAAAAAAAUUUUGCUCUUUAACUAGACUACACUUAGUGAAUAUAUGCUUUGUUCUUAUAUAAAACUGAUUAUUUUAUUUUUAAAUUGUGCUCUUAUGCUUAAGAUACAUACCAGUUAUUGUGACCAUCCAAACCAGGAUAUAUGUAAAUGCAGAUAUCCACAGUGCUGACAUGAAAAAGGUUAUCACAAAGUAAUUUUUCCAAAACUUUCUUCUACAAUCUGGUGUGGUUAGAAAAAGUAGUAUAAUAAUGGGAAGGGAUAGUACCCAAAAAAUUCUUUUCAAGUCUGCUUCAGGCAUGUUGAAAACACUUGGUGGAUCUGUUAAGGAAAAAUUAAACGAUUUUGAGUUUUCUCAAGUGGCCAAUUAAGUUAGAAAUGUUCAUUUAGAGAGCUGUAUUGAAAUAAAUUAGCUGUAUCAGUUUUUAAGAGGCUAUUUAAAACAUUCGAAUACCUCAUUACUGAUAUUGCUGGCAAAGAAACUAAUUGAGACUUCAGGGCUGACGGUGUAAAAUGUGAUACUCAGCGUUUCUUGAUUUGGGGCCUUAAAUCCAUCAAAAUGUCUUGGAUCAUUCACUAAGUAUGUUAGAGACAUAAUGUUUAUGAAGUGUCAGUUCAACAUCUCUUGGUUUUCUACAGUGUGGAUGGUCUUUAGUAACUUUUGCUUAUGGGAUUAACUGGCUGUCUUACCUUAGCUAUCCCCGUUGUUUCCAUUUCCCAGUAUUGAUGGUACCUCCAGCCUGCCCUAUGUAUCACAUAAUGUAUACUUAGGGAGUAUAAGAUAAUUAUAGCAUAAUCUUUUUAUUAAGUUGAAUAUUUCUAAUUCUCAUUGUAAGUGUCUUUAGGGGACUUGUUUCAUUAUUUUCUUUGAUUAAUUUACCAAACACAGAAUUGACCACAAUUCUUAGAAAGAACCUUAAGAAAAUAGGCACUAGUAUAGAAUCUACAAUGUAACUUAUAAGACUUGAGUAUGUUUUUUAAAUUAAUACUUAGUGGAAGACAAUAAUAUAUUCGAUAAAAAGGGGAAUUCACUUUAAAAUUGUUUAAAAUUUGUAUGGCAUUUAUAAAAUACUAUACCCAUAUUAGGUCACAUUACAACGAAUGCUAGUAAAAUAACUCAUAAAAAAUUUUUUGCCAAGCCUCAGCCAAUGGGCCAGAAAGUAACAGAUAUAAUUUUAGUGUGAUAAAAAAUGUUUGGACUGGUUCUUUUGAGUUUCUUGUUACAAAAUUUAACUUAGACGUGUGUACCUCUUGCGCCUGAAAGACUAGAAACUAUAAUUUUUGUAAGAAGGGUAAAAGUCAUACUUUAACUUUUUAAGGUAAUAAAUUAGAAUAAGUUCCCUGUCUACUAAAUAAAAUUUAGAAACUGUUUCUUACAACCACUUUAUAAUAAAAAUAACCACCAAAUUUGUAUUUCUGGCCAUAGCUGAAUUCGACUUCCUACUAAAUAUAUUUACUUAAGUGUUUUGCUACUGCUUCAAAUGACAUGUUUAAAAUUCAACUGUUUCCUUCCUGCUUUCUUUUUUCCCACACCAGCUUUUCUUCCUUAAUUCCUAGUUUUUGUAAGUGGUGUUCUCAUCUUCUUAAUCAGUCAUGAUCAAAAGCCUCAGAAUUAUCUCUGCUCCCAAGUAGCCCUUCAGUGGCCUGGUCUUGGUGAUGCUCCCUUUGCAAUGUCUCACAUCUGUUCUCUUGUAUCCCCCCUGCCUUCACUUUGUCUAGACAUCUGUUAAACACAUCAGUUGGUUUUGUAGCCUCUUAAAGACCUCCAUGUCUUUUAUCCCAUAUUUCAGUUCUGAUAAUUUCUCUGCUCACAAACCUGCAAACACUCUUAAUUUAGCAUUUAAGACUCUAUCCUCUUCCUUUCUAUCCACCUUUCUUCUGCUUCCAUUCUGCACAUGCAGUGCUCCAGUUAUGUUAGUACUUGAGCAGGCCUUUUGCUCAUGUUAUUUCCUUGUCAGUCCAUGGAAUACUCUUUACUCUUAUCUCUGCAUCAUUUACUUAUGACUAAUAAGUAACAGCUAUUGAAGUCUAGACUUCAAUAGCUGUUACUUAUUAUUCAGAAAUCAGGUUGUUAGUUAAAAUCUUACUAUUCUACAAGGCUUAGUUUUAAUGCUCCCUUCUCCGUGAUAAUCUUUCCUAUCUAACCAUCUUCAUCAAAUUUUAUACCAUCUGUCCCGUUUAGGAACCACAGUUAUGCAUUAUUUGUUUCUCUUUACAGUACUUAAAUGUUCACAUUUUAGCUAUUUGGGUUUUUUUUUUCCCCCCUGUAGUAUUGGAAGCUUCUUUAGGGAUAGGUCUGCCUCUUGAUCAUCCCUUAAUCCCCGUAGUGUUUUUUACAUAGUAUAUAGUACUUAAUGAAUUGAAAUGAAAUUAAGUUUUGCUAGUGAAUAGACUUAAUAGUGGCCAGGAUGUGGUUAUUACCUUCAGAAACCUGACUAAGACCAUGUAAACUUAUGGAAAGCUGGGAGUAGCCAGAAUCUUCAUGAAAUACUCCACUGUCAGUUCUUGAUUGCCUACGAAUGAAUGGUUGAUCCUCAUCUUCCCAUCCCAUCAGUGGCUGUUGUUCACUUCUCUCUUCCAUUGCUUUGGCAAGGCAGGUGCAGCAAGGACUGCAUUUCUUUAUAAUAUAUUGGUUAAUUUUAAUGUCAAAACACAGCACCAAAACAUACAAUCCGUAUAUCAGAAGCAGUGAAGUUCCUUCAUACCUAUAAAUUAGAGAAAUUUGUGUGUUUUUCAAUUAAAAAUGUGAAAGUUAUUUUAGAGUUAGUAGCUUUGGGGCAGUAUCUGCUUAAUUUUCUAAUGCAGCAAUAGAACAGAAAUGUUCUACAUAUAUUUUGGUUUUGCAGAUGUGUCCACCUUUGGUUACAGCAUUAAUAAAAAUGUAUUGAAAGCUUGACACUGUCCUUUCUGUAUUUCAAAAACAAAGAUUAUAAAUUCAUUGUCUUAAUUUGUAGAAUCCUUCCUAAUGGCAGGCAUAAAAAGUUCUUUAAACAUAAUAGUAAUUAUAGACUUUCAAAAUAAAAGUGAAACUAAUGAAUAGUGAUGGGCAUUCUCCACCUCAGGUCAUUGGAAGAAUAUAAUAAUUAUAAGAACAUAUAGUAUCUGUUCAUUUCAAUUGUAUAGGAAUUUUGUGUAAAAUAUUCAGAAUAUAUUAGACUUUGGCUGGAGCCUUUCAGUUUGCUAUACAGAGAUUUUUCGAAGAUUUUAAUGUAAAUGAGUUUGGCUUGCAUUCACAAGAAAGCAAGGAUGUUCUCAAAAAUAAAAUUAUACCUAAGGCACUGAGAACCGUUUUCCUGUACUCUGGUUUGCUGUUUAAAGGAUUUUCAUUAGCUAACACCAUCACAUUUGAACCUUGCAUUUACCUUUUAUUUUAUAGCCAUUGAGUCUCUGCUACAGCUUGAAAGCACGGAGUUCUUGAUUUCCCUAAUGGGGGGGAGCAUUAGCUUGGAUGCUCUCACAGUCAUUGUCCCCUUACAGACAACUGCUAAGUCCCAGAAGCAUCCCCAUUGUAACCAACAGUCUUUCCUUGGGAGACAGGCUAGAUUUCAGGAUGAUUCAUUUAAAAAAUUUGCUCCCUGCGAGGUUUAAAGUGUUUUGAUAGCAGGUAUUGAUGCAGCACUGCCAAAUUGUAGUAUUCCAGAGGGGUGCCGUUUACAGUGUUUUCUAUUUUUCUGGUGAUCUCUGGCAUUGGGCAAUGUACAAUCCGUAUGGCUGUGUUUCACAUUUCUUUAUCCGUUAAGAUUCCUAGUGUAGUGAUAAACACCUACUCGUUAGCUGAAACGAUUACUAUCUGUUCACUAAGUCACCCCCGUUUUCAUUUUCUUGGGACAGCAAGGCAUGGGGAGAUUAUAAAGCAAACAGGUUUUAAUAUUGAAACCUAAACGUUUUUGAUUUUUAGAGGAAGAAGGCUAUAGUUCCUCUUACUAAAUGAACAUCAGGGAGAAAGUUGGAGGAAUUUAAAGGAACUUCUUUUACUUCCUUUGUCAUCUUCUCCAAUCUUGUGACCAUGGUCACUUUUAACGGAAGCAAGGUAAACCACCCAAUAGAUGAAGAAGCCACCUGUUAGGGCUUUAACGGACAACAAAAGUUGGGAAAUCUUCUCAACAGAAAGUCAGUGGAGAGAAAGAAGGGUGGUAAGAUCCAGUGGUUAGAUAGAAAAAAGACUGACUUGACUAAAGAAUUGCAAAGAAGGGAGAAGAACCCAACUAGCAAUGGUUGUGAGGGGGUUAGCUCAGAGACCUACAGGGAAAAUGUACGGAAGUGGCGGAUAAUUGAGAAGUGAUUGAAAUAACAUUUUUGAAAAAAAAAGAAAUGUUACUAAACCAUCAGAAUUUUAUAAAAAUCCUCUCUGUAACUGUUUUACAUUAAGAAUAAUGAUUAUUCAAGCUUACCAGUAAACUUGGUUGUCAAAUAUUAUGGCAAGAACUGCUGCUACACUAAUCAUGUAUGCUGCACAGUCUCUGAAUAGGGGCCAACAUGAUAGCGUUGAAACCUAUAAAAUAAUUAAUGUUUUCCAUUACACUGUAACUUCUUCAAGUACUUGCUUAGUGCAAUAAUAAAAUUGUUUGUAUAUUUGUAGCUAAAUAUUGUUGCCUUUUGCAUAUUGCAUAGAGAAAGGAAUUU